AUGCUGCUGCUCGUCGACUUGUCCAUCGUCUGUCUGCUCGUCUACACCCUCGAGCCGCUCAUCACGCUGCUGCGCCGCAACGAUGAGCUCUUCAACCCGCGCAUCACCAUCCCUCGCAACGCCACCUGGGGCUCCUCGCACUUCGACAACGAAGUGAGCCAUCCGCGAAUCCCCCGAAUCUUGCACCAGACCACGCCCAACACCACGAUUCCCGAGAAAUGGGCCCAGUCGCAGCGAAGCUGCCGAGAGACUUAUGCUGAUUUCGAGUACAUGCUGUGGACCGACGAGUCGGCUCGCGACUUCAUCUCUACCGAAUACCCCUGGUUUGUCGAGAACUGGGACGGCUAUGCCUUCCCCAUCCAGCGCGCCGACGCCAUCCGCUACUUUGUCCUGCACCACUAUGGCGGCAUCUACCUCGACAUGGACACCUUCUGCAACGAAACGAUUCCCUUCGAGGAGCUCGAGAAAGGCCCUGGCCCUCACUACGCGCUUUUCAAGUCGACGCUGCCUACCGGUGUCACCAACGACUUCAUGAUUACCACCGCCCGACACCCAGCCUACGCCGCUGCCGUCUCCAAGCUGCCUCUGUUUUACGACAUUACUCGAUUCUGGGCCGAGAUCCAGCCCUAUGCCAACAUCAUGAUGUCCUCUGGGCCGCUGUUCCUCAGCCUUGUUGUCAAGGACUACUUGCUAGGACAGCCCUCGUUGCCGUCACCAACCGUUCAGGUCAUCGAUCCUCCGGAGCUGGGACCGUACAUUACCGAUCUCGAGAGCGCCACCUGGCACAAGGCGGAUGCUCACGCUCUCAUGUGGCUGGGCACUCGACCAUGGACCUGGUUCCUCGCGGGCGCCAUUGGCCUGAUGGCCGGCUUAUACCUCAUCAACUACGUGCUGCUGCUGGUAUCCGACACCUUCCUUCGCAAGGUCCCGUCUAUAACCUACGCCAUCAAGGAGAGCAAGUUGGCAUGA